AUGCCCUUGACUCGUACGGCCGUCUCUGUGAAGUUGCAAGUAGGAAAGAAACUUAAAGGUGUUAAUGCCUACCCUAAGGAAUUAGAUUACGGCAGCUUUGGACGACAAUACGCUAAUUUUGGACGGGAACAAACUCAGAGUAAGAAACCUGAAAUUUUAAAUGGCGUGGAAGAGGAUCCUAGUACCAAGAUUAGCCACAAGAUUUCACGUGUAUCAGAUGUUGUAAAAGUAAGGAGAACUACGCAGUCGCUGCUGAAGCGUCAUCAGGGCUUAGGUAUUAAGCCGCCGCAGGAGCGACAGUUCACCACGAGGCAUCCUAGAGUCCAGUCUAGCCGUCAGCCGUUCCAAUCCUGCCUGAGGAAACUGCGCAGCCGCCAGGAUCCGCCGUACGAGUACAGCAAGCAAGCUGCCGUCCGCGAUUCAGUUCCUCACGAGCUGCCGAAGCGACCAGUCGAGCCUGAGAACAACUCCAGCAAGCCGAGACGUCAUCGCGGGAAUCAAACUGCUCAAGAACCGCUCCACAUCCACCAGAAGCAGCUUCCUACGUCUACAGACGACCAGGAUAAUAACUACAACAGCCCGAGGGAAGACAAUACAAUCAAAAUUUGUAUAGACUAUCUAGGAAGUGCCCCAAGAAAUGUUCAAGUACGUCCUCUCAGCUCCAGCACUUUGGUAAUAAAUUGGGAUGAACCAGAAACAUCCAAUGGUUAUGUGCUGACUUACAAAGUGUAUUACACAACAAAUUCUGAACUGCCAAUAACGCAAUGGGAAUCAAAAAUGGUGGCUAACAAUGGGUUAACAACAAUUAGUGAGCUUAUUCCUCACACAAUCUACACAAUUAAAGUUCAAGCAUGCACAUCUGUAGGGCAUGGUUCCCUUAGUUUACCAGUUGAUGUUAAAACACAACUAGGUGUACCAAAACAGCCUAGUAAUUUGCGUACCUCAGAUAUUGGAGAAACUUCAUUGGCAUUACAAUGGAGUAAACCAACAUACUUGGCAGAAAGCAUAGUCAGUUAUGAACUGUACUGGAAUGAUACCAAUGCUAAACAAAAACAUCAUAGACGUAUACCCAUAUCAGAGACAUACACUUUAACAGGACUAUAUCCAGAUACAAUUUAUUAUGUUUGGUUAGCCGCUAGGUCCCAAAGAGGUGAAGGUGCUACUACUCCACCGAUUCCCGUGAAAACGAAGCAGUAUGAUUCACAUGUCACAAACUCCAGAAUAAAUAACCUAGAACGAGGUGUAGAAUGUGAAUUUAGUCAAAAUAACAUAGGAGUGAGUCAAGAGGCUAUAAAAUGUAUGCACACCCCAGAAGGUCCCCCUACGGGGCCUCCAACAAAUUUUACUUACUAUUUCCAAACAUCUGAUGUUGUCUGUAUAUCAUGGUCACCACCAACACGUGAGCACAGAAAUGGGCAAAUAUCGAAAUACGAUAUUCAGUUUCAAAAAAAAUCAAAUCACAAUAAUAUAAUUGUUCGUAAUGUAACCUAUCCAAAGGCAGUUUUUACAAACCUCGAAGAAAAUACCGAAUAUGUGUUUCAUGUCAGAGCAUGUACUAGCCAAGGUGUUGGGCCUAGUAGUGAAGAAAUUUCAAUUCAAACAAUGAGAGAUAUCGGAAGAGCUCCAAUGUCUGUUAAGGCAGUUGCAACAUCAGAUUCAAGUGUUGAAGUUUCGUGGGACGCAAUUCGUACAAGAGGAAAAGUUAUUGGUUACAAAAUUUUUUAUACAAUAACUGCAGCAGAAGAUUUAGAUGAAUGGCAACAAAAAUCUGUAGGACUGACAGAAUCGGCAAACAUAGUUAAUUUGGAAAAGUCUGCCCAAUAUGUUAUAGCGGUUGCAGCUAAAAUGAAAAAUGGUUUAGGACGAUUAUCUGGAAAAGUAACAGUGAAAGUUAAACCUGAAGAUGUGCCACUCAAUUUGUGGGCACAUGAAGUUACUACACAUUCGAUGACGUUGUCUUGGUCACCACCAAUAAGAUUAAACCCAGUGAAAUACAAAAUAUCAUUUGAUGCUGUAAAAGAAUUUGUUGAUUCACAGGGUAUAACUCAAACGCACAUUAUACCUAAGGUAGAAAUUAAACUAAAUGGUGAUGUAAGAUCCCAUACUAUUAAUGAAUUAUCACCGUUUACAACAUACAAUGUUAAUGUCAGUGCAAUACCGACCGAUAAUUCAUAUCGGCCACCAACAACAAUAACUGUUACUACACAAAUGGCUGCACCUCAACCCAUGGUAAAACCAGAUUUUUAUGGUGUUGUUAACGGUGAAAAGAUUCAAGUUAUUUUACCUCAAGCAUCCGAAGAAUAUGGCCCAAUUAGUCAUUACUAUUUAGUUGUAGUCCCUGAAGGUAAAUUGACGGUUCAAAAAAAUCCUGAUCAAUUUCUAACAGAUGAAUUAAUUAGUAACGUGGAAAAAAAUCCACAAAAUUCCAGUUUACCGUAUAUAGCAGCUAAAUUUCAUGAAAACAAUAUUCCAUAUACAUACCAUUUAGGAACAGGUGAAAGAAACGACGGUUUUGUAAAUUAUAGACUCGAACAUGGUAAAAGAUAUAAAAUAUUUGUUCGGUCGUUUAUAAAUACAGCUCAAAAACAUAUAUAUACCAGUAGCCCAUUUUCAGAAUUUUUAUCUUUAGACAUAGGUACGUGAAGUUUCCCCAGGUGAUCCACUCCGACGCGUCGACCUGAUCCCGAUAUAUCUACAGGCAAUGAUGUUAAAUUAAGCUCACAACAAAGAGAAGCAGGCAAGAGAUAUAUGUUGCUUUCAUACAAGGAAACUACCUUUUCAAAGUAAGACAUUUUAGGAUCCUUUAAACUUUUAUUAUCAAAGGUAUUUUAUAUUGGACUUGAUCAGUGUUAGUUCAUAAUUAUUUAUAAAAUCAGUUGCAAAGGGAGAAAAUAAAUCAUGAAUUACGUUCACAACUAAAACCAAUAAAACGUGGUGUACUACAAGGUAGCACCUUGGGACUAAUUUUGUUUUGUAUUUUUACAUUUGAUUUACCAAUUUGUAUUGUAAACGCUCACACAUUCAUAAUAUUUAUAUUGGAACAAACUGUUAUUGUAUAAAUCAACAUGUCAAAUGUAAAUGCCAGGGAUCGUUUUCAUAUACCGUUCCUACUUUUUUGAAUAAUGUUUUAGAUACAAUAACUUCGUAGAAUGACUAAUAAAACAAUAACGUUUAGGGAAAGUUUGACGUUAUUCAUUUACAUAUUGUUACAUUGAUUGCAAUGCUUUAACAUUUCGAUGCCCUAUUUGUAGAACGAUUUAUCUUUGCCCUGUUUUGGCAAUCACUUCUUCAUUGGAACCAAAUCUCUUUCCCUGGAGCAUUUUUAGGUCUACAAACAGAUAGUAGACGCUGGGAGCCAGUUCCUGAGAACACGGUAGAUGGGGAAGCAAUUCAAAGGGUAAUUCGUGCCAUUUUGCAAUUGUUGCUUUAUUAAUACACAAAACUCAGAUUUUUCUAUUGCUUUCAAAAUUACAACAGUGGCGUCACUGUAACGCAUCAUUUGAAGUAAAGUAUACAUUUGUUAAUAGUGGCGCCAUCUAUAUGUGAUCCUAAUAACUUAUUGAGUGAUGUCAAUUACUAAAUCUACAAGGAAACACAUUAUUUCUGAUCUUUGGCCGUUUUAAAUGGAAAAUAUUAAACAACUAAAUUUAAACUCUAUACAUGUGCUUCCCAGUAGAUACAAAAUAUUACGUCAAUUAUUUCGAAUCCUUACCUAGUUUCACAAGAUAAAUAUUUAACACUAGCAACCCGCCCCUGCUUCGCACGGACAAAUAUA